UUAUAUAUGAUCUUCGGGUAUCCCUGGAGCUGAUACUGUAUCCUGGCACACGGGGGCGAUGAUAAGACUCGUAGUUAUAAAAACAGCAGCUUUUACGGUGCCGAAUCGAUGACUGACUGAGUUAAAUUCACUGUCAUCUCAUAUUUUCAGAUGGUUCGUCCUGAAAACGGACUUUAGCAGCACAUUUGACCAGUCCGAGUUCUAACCGCUAUUCAUUUGUUAUGAAAAUCUGUUUUCUCCGGUUAGGGUUUAGCUAGCAGCCGUUCUGGUCCGCUCAGUUUUCGUUUUUUUCCGAAAGUUGCGUGGCUCUGUUGAAGCUCCUGCUACUAUUCCUCAUCGCCGUCGGACUCCGAGCAGGAGCAGCGGACCCCUUCCUCCCUCAUGUCCAGGCGCAGCCUGCGGCUCGACGGUGGCCUACUGGACCGCCGCCCUCCGCCUAGCGGCAGCGCCUCCCUCGUCGUGGGAGGAGCCCUCUGGAGGAGCGGCGGGCCCCGUCGCUCCCAGCGGCACUCGGCCUCCUGCUCAGAGUCGCUCCUCGUCGGCUCUCCUCAGAAAGCCGUCAGCCAGUUCCUCCACAACAGCAGCGUCAACAGCGUGGCGUCUGAUGCCUCCCUGAUCUCCUCCCUGCUGGACGAGUCCUCCAUCCAGGAGAGCACGCUGGUCGAAACCUUCUGGGGUUUGGACCAGGAUGCAGAUCCGAGAGAAAGCACCAUCAUAGCCAGUGAGAGCAGCACUCUGAUUGGUUCAGACAGUGUUUGUGCCAAACACUCUGACCAGGCGCUCAGCAGGGUUUGCUGUAAAGACUGCGACGGUCCAAGUGUGCCAAAGACCAACAAGGAAACCAAGACGGAAACCUCCACCAUCUACUACAGAGGCCGCAAGAGCAGGGAAGAUGUGCUACAGCUGUGGCUGAACUCCUCCCUGCUGUUUGUCAGCAGAGCCGCAGCCUGCUGCGCAUCUGCGCUGCAGCUCACCUGGCGGGCCUUCCAGCCCUCCUCACGUUCACAGCCCAUCAGGGGUGGAGCUCGGUCCAGGGACAGCGGAGUCAUGGCUCUGAAGGAAGCCAGCCCGGAGGAGCUUCAUCCCGUCGGAUCGCUGUGCUGCAUGUUCAGAUGGAUCAACAGACAAUGGAGUCACAUGAGCUCGUCCUCCCGCCUAAGCAAACUCUUCAUCGUACUCCUGCUCCUCCUCCUCUUCAGUUUGUCGUGGUACCGUCCAGCUGGUAUCUACUCGCUCCUUUUGGGGAUCAACAUUGCGGAUAUUCCAGGUCUGUCCUCAGUCCGCAGCUUCUUGCCACUUCAGAGCCAGUCAGCAGAGGGCGCUGCAGAGGAGUUGGUCCAGAGUCACUCUCUGUCAGCUGAAAUGCUACCACAGGAGGCUCCGUCACCAGCUCCACCAGCAGGGAUGGAUUCUGAGCAGCUUGCUCAGAUGGAGCAGAGUCUGAGGGCGCUGUGGGAGGGGAUGGAGGCUGCAGGGCGACGGGCGGAGGAGAGUCACAAGGAGCUGCUUCAGCUCUACACCGACCUCCGUCAGCAGGCGUCCGGGCCCCAGCGCAGCGAGUACGACAUGGAGCUGUGGAUGAGGGGCCUGAUGGAGCAGCAGCUGUCUCUGCUACGAAGACGACUCAACGAAGAGAGACGGCUGAGGGAGCAGGUUGGAAACGCCACCUCCAAUAACCAGUUUAACAUUUCUGCUGAUUGAAAAGA